GCUUCAGUCAGACUGAGGCUGGAUGGAAACUAACGGAGCGUCACAGAAAACAUUCAGAUGUUAAACUGAAUGUUUUCUGUUCACUUCCUGUUCUGAGAUUUAAUCCUCUGGAUGUGAACAUGAUGGAGGCUCCUCACAGCAGCGUGAACAGUCCCAGUGUGGAGCUGAAGAGUCUGCAGCUGUGUGACAGGGAAGCCACAGAGUCUGCAGACUGCGACCUCAGGGACGACGAGCUGCCUGUUCCUCAGCAGACCCGGAUCAGCAGCAUCACCUGCGACUCCUUCAGGAUCAGCUGGGACAUGGAGCGUCGAGGUCGAGAGAAGAUCACGCACUACUUCAUCGACCUCAACAAGAAGGAGAACAAGAAGGAGAACAAGUUCAAACACAAGGACGUGCCGACGAAGCUGGUGGCGAAGGCGGUUCCCCUGCCGAUGACAGUGAGAGGUCAUUGGUUCCUGAGUCCUCGCACCGAGUACACUGUAUCCGUUCAGACCGCCGCCAAACAGCCGGACGGAGACUACGCCGUUUCUCCGUGGAGCGAGAUCAUCGAGUUCUGCACCGCAGAUUAUUCCACCGUCCAUCUGAACCAGCUGCUGCAGAAAGCCGAAGCGAUUGCUGGCCGGUUGCUGCCGUUCACCGUCUUCUACAGAAACCAACAGAAGGAGUACUUCCAACAGGACAGCCCGUCUUAUCGCUCCAGAGAUGCUCAGUGCUGCCGCAUGCUGCCGUCGGUUAAAGACAACAGCGGCAGCCACGGGUCGCCCAUCAGCGGUAAACUGGAGGGGGUCUUCUUCAGCUGCAACACCGAGUUCAACACAGGGAAACCCCCCCAGGACUCCCCAUACGGACCCUACCGCUUCCAGAUCCAAGCAGACGUCCUCUUCAACCAGAACACCAACGUCUACUUUGGGGACUUCUACUGCAUGUACACGUCCUACCACUACGUCACCCUGGUCCUGGCUCCUGCCGGCUCCGCCGGAGACGCCUUCUGCAAAGGAAGGCUGCCGGCGCUGGACAGAUCCAACAAUUGCUUCCUGCACUGCACGGAGGACGAUGACGGCUCACUCUCUUUCCGUCACGCGCAGGACGUCAUCCUGGAGGUGAUCUACACGGAGCCGGUGGAUCUGUCUUUGGGGACGGUCGCACGCAUCAGUGGGCAACAGCUCCUGAGUCAGUCCACCGUGAACGCCAAGAAAGACCCCAGCUGCAAGAUCUGCAACAUCAGUGUGGGACGUUAGCCGGAUGAUUCGACCGGACGACGAGCUAACAACUGACGUGGAACAACCGGCUAGCUAAGUGCUACCAAUUUCCUAGCUCGCAGGAAAACCAUUUAAUAAAACACUAAAUCCACUUUUUAAAAUUGUAUCCUCACUGUGUAUUGGUACAUAACAUUAACAUAGUAAGAUAUAUAAAAAAUGAAAGCAAGUAUUGCAAAAAUCAAGAAACAAAUAUUGAAAAUAUAUUCAAUAUAUCUGUUUGUUUUGUGCAGCAAUGUACAAAAUUAUCCAAGAAAUGUGCAAAUGUUCACAUUACUUUACAGUAUUAUUCCUUCUUUUGAUUCUGCGAUUAUAAAUCUUCCUGGUUAUUCAGAAUUCAGAGAACCAUAGUUACAUAUUUAACUUUAAAGAUAUUACAGCUCUUUUGUGAAACCAGUCUGUUUAAAAUAAAUGGGCGUAGUCAUCGUGAUGUCACCCAUUGGUUUGUGGACAUCUUGUUUUUUGGAACCAGAAGUGACCAUAUUUGGAUGAGAGGGUGGAGCUGAGGAAGAGCGAGGCCCGGCGAAGGCAGAUACCGUUACCACAACAAACGCUAAUUCAGCGGCUGACUCAAGUGGUAGAGCUAGCUAGCUUGAUUAGCAAGAUGCAUCCGUAAUAUCAUAUUAACUGUUAUAUUAAUUGCGAUGCUAAUUGAGUCUAGCGGAAAACAUGUCUUUUAAUAAAACCGAACGCUGAAUAACA